AUGCCACAGCGUCCUUCAACUUCAACCUUUGCAAACUUUCAAAGACCGCUUUACCUAUGGAACUUGAUGAUUCGUGACUCUACCAAUAAUGGCUUCUUCACAGAAACACUAAAAGCAUAUUCUUUUAUGCACCACUCUGGUCUCCAUGCCAACACCUUCACCUACCCUUUACUCCUCAAGUCAUGCGCUAACCUCCUUUCCAUUCCACACGGUACAAUGCUUCAUGGUCAUGUCUUUACACUUGGCUUCCAAGCUGAUACAUUUGUUCAAACUGCACUUGCUGAUAUGUAUUCAAAGUGUUCUGUUAUUGAAUCUGCAAGAAAGGUGUUUGAUGAAAUGCCGCAAAGAAGUGUUGUCUCGUGGAAUGCUGUGAUUUCGGCUUACUGUCGCGAGUCUUUGAUGGAUAAGGCAAUGAGUCUCUUGAAAGAGAUGUUGGUUGUUGGUUUUGAACCGAGUUCGUCUACGUUUGUUUCAAUUUUAUCAGGUUAUUCUUCCGAUUUGAAUUCUUCCGAGUUUCUUCUCUGGCAGGGUAUGUCGAUACAUUGUUUUGUUGUCAAACUUUGCCUUGUGUGUUUUGAGGUCUCUCUCGAUAAUUCAUUGAUGGGUAUGUAUGCUCAGUUUGGACAAAUGGAUGAAGCAAGGAAAGUUUUUGAGUUUUCAGAUGAAAAGUCAAUAGUUUCUUGGACAACUAUUAUGGGGGGUUAUGUGAAGGUUGGGAGUAUUGCGGAAGCGUUCAAGUUAUUUCAUCAAAUGCAGCAUCAGCAUAUUGACAUUGACUUUGUUGUGUUUCUGAAUCUUAUUUCUGGUUGCAUACAAUCUAAAGAGCUUUUGUUAGCUUCAUCUGUUCACUCUCUUGUACUCAAAUGUGGGUGUGAUGAAGAGGAUUCCGUUGAAAACUUGCUUAUAACUAUGUAUGCAAACUGUGGUAACCUUACAUCUGCUAGAAGGGUAUUUGAUGCAAUAAUAGGAAAGAGUGUUUUGCCAUGGACGUCGAUGAUUGCCGGAUAUGCCCGUUCAUGUCAUCCAGAGGAGGCACUGGGUCUUUUUAGAAGGAUGAUUAGGACGGAAAUUAGACCAAAUGGAGCAACCCUUGCAACUAUUUUAUCAGCUUGUGCUGAUUUGGGUUCACUUAGCAUUGGACAAGAGAUCGAACAAUACGUUUUCGAAAACGGAUUUGAAUUGGACCAACAAGUCCAAACAUCACUUAUACAUAUGUACUCCAAAUGUGGUAGUAUUAACAAAUCAAGAGAAGUAUUUGAAAGGGUCAAAAAUAAAGAUUUGACUCUUUGGACUUCCAUGAUAAAUAGUUAUGCUAUCCAUGGGAUGGGGAAUGAAGCUAUUAGCCUCUUUGAAAAAAUGAUAACUUCAGAGCGAAUAAAACCAGAUGCCAUUGUUUACACUAGUCUUUUUCUUGCUUGUAGCCAUUCAGGAUUGAUAGAAGAUGGAUUGAAGUACUUCAAAAGUAUGCAAGCAGAUUUUGCAAUAACUCCUACAAUAGAACAGUAUACUUGCUUGGUAGAUCUUCUUAGUCGAGUUGGCCAACUUGACCUAGCUCUAGAUGCAGUUGAGGCGAUGCCACUGGAAGUCCAAGCCAAAGCUUUGGGUCCAUUGCUUAGUGCUUGUAGAAUCCAUGGCAAUAUAAAACUCGCAGAGCUUGCAGCUGCCAAGUUAUUAAACGUUAGUCCAAGAAAUUCUACAAGUUAUGUACUAAUGGCUAAUUUGUACAACUCUAUUGGUAAGUGGAAGGAGGCAAAUACUAUGCGAAACUGGAUAGAUGGCAAAGGAAUAGUUAAAGAAUGUGGCUGGAGUCAGGUUCAGGUCAGUGGUUAA